CGCAACAUUAUCGCACCAGAAGGUCGAAAAAUCGCCACCUUUCACACAUUAUUGGAUGAUACCGACAUCCUUGAACGAUUUUCAUCGUUUCCAAGAGCUCUCAGAGUAGUUGCUUAUAUGUUCAAAUUUAUAGAACAACUCAAAAGCAAAGUGAAGGGAUCACAUAAUUUCCCAUGCAACACAGUGACGCACCUAGAGUUACAAAAGGCAAAGGUCGCACUAAUUACAUAUACACAAGCGCGCUAUUUCAGCCGCGAUAUAUCGCUACUAAGAGAAUCGAAGCCGAUUGAUAAAAAGAGCUCACUCUUAGUCCUCAACCCAUUUCUGGACACGAAAGGUCUGCUUCGUGCCAAUGGUCGGCUUGCUAAUUCGAGCCUGACAUACAAUGAACGCCACCCCAUAAUAAUCCCAGAGAGGUCACCAUUUGCCACACUGUUCCUCCACUACAUCCACAUUUUAAUGCUACACGCCGAACAUCGUCUCAUGCAACAGAUGGUACGCCAGGAGUAUUAUAUCCCCCGUCUUAAGCCGCAAAUCAAGAAGUGCAUCUUCACGUGCAAGAUUUGCACUAUGCACAAGCAGAAGAUGCGAACGCAGAUUAUGGCAGCACUUCCACCGGAACGCUGCAAUUUCGCUCUGCCUUUCACCACAACAGGUGUUGAUUUUGCUGGGCCUUUCCAGGUAAAGGCGUCCAUGUUAAGGUCUCCCACUCUCAUGAAAGGCUAUGUGGCUGUCUUUGUAUGUUUCACGACAAAGGCAGUACACCUUGAGCUGUGUAGUAAUCUGACGACGGAGGCUUUUCUCGCGGCAUUUGCUCGCUUCGUCGCUCGACGUGGCUACCCAUCAAAAAUCAUGAGCGAUAAUGGCAAAACCUUUAUCGGAGCUCAACGAGCCACAGAAAAGCAAUUUGUGGAUUUUUUAAAACAAGUGUCAUCCGACAUCGUACAAAAGUACGCCCCUCAAGGUAUCAAUUGGCAAUUUAUACCCCCAAGCGCUCCUCAUAUGGGCGGUUUAUGGGAAUCAGCUGUAAAAAGCUUCAAAUCCCAUUUCAAACGGGUAGCUGGAAAUUAUAAAUUCAAUUACGAAGAGUUCACGACGUUAUUAAAUCGAAUUGAAGCCGUUCUCAAUUCACGGCCACUCACAGUAUUAUCGCAAGACCCCUCAGAUCUCACCGCCUUAACUCCAGGGCAUUUCCUAAAGGGAGCAUCCCAUCCUGGCCAUUCCUGAGCCAAGCGUGGAGUCGCUAUCCCUACU